UUUUUUUUUUUUUUUACGAGAGAUCAUAGACGAUCGGCGAUCAUCGUCAUCAUCGUCAUCAUCGUUAUCAUCGUAAUCGUCAUCAUGAAAAAUUGUCUCCUUCUCUUUGGAAUUUUCCUAUUGAUCGAUCGUCCGAUCGACGCCCUAAACAUCGAUCCAUCCGUGCCAUGUCAAAGAGACAUCGAUUGUUCGCUAUUUUCGAGAGAUCAGAAGAAUUCGACGUGUCGGCAAGGAUUCUGCGCUUGCGAGAACGAGCAAGGACAAAUGAAAAAUUGUUCCAGGUUACAACUAGCAGCAGCUUCUCAACAGGAGAAACCAGCCGUAUCGCCGAUUUAUCACACGUGCAAGCACGAGGUAGAUUGCAAGUUGAACAAUAGCUUUUGCAAUACGAGUCGAAGUCAGUGCGAAUGCGUUAAAGGUUACGUGUCCUCGGCGGAUCAGCAGCAAUGCCUUCAAGUGGCCAAGUCCUUGAAUUUUGUCUGCACGGAGGAUAAGCAGUGUUCGAUCUUUCAAGCGAACGCGACCUGCCGACGAGAACGUUGCGUUUGCGUCGAUGGUUAUCACGCGGUGAACGACGUUUGCUGGAAAACGAUCGUUUUCGGUGAUACGUGCUCGAAAUCGGAGGAAUGCUAUCACAUAAAAGGAGCCAUUUGUACGGAUAAGAAGACUUGCGGGUGCAAGGAGAAAGCCGCGAUCGACAAAACGGGAAAACAUUGCGUUCCUUACGUGGACACCAUCGACGAAUAUUGCACGGAGAACGACACGUGUUCCACGAUCCCCGGUUCGAUCUGCCUCGAGAAUAAAUGUCAAUGUCCGAAGGAAAAGCAUUUCGUGAAGGAACUCGCGCAAUGUGUCGUCAGCAGAGGCAUCGGCGAGCCUUGCCAGCACGAUUACGAUUGUUACCAGAUCGAAGACUAUACGGAUUCGGAGAGAAAAGGGUUUGUAUGCGUUGGCAGCUUGUGCGACUGCGCGGUAGAUUAUUUUAUAAACGGAGACAAGUGCAUUAGCGCAGGAUCUAACGAAAAAAAAACAAAAAAAAAAAAGAAGAGAUCUAUCCGGGAUCAUAGGGAGAAAGAAGAAACGAGGAUGAGGAGGAGCGAGGGUGGAACGAGGAAGAAACGGUGGUGCUCACCACUGCCGAUUCGAGCGCCGGGACUUGCUGCCGCUCUGCCGGUAGUCUUUCUAUGUUUCUUCGCGCGAACAUCAGUCGUCCUCGCGCACGGACAGCAUCAACAUCUUUUGCAAAGACGAUCGGCCUUCGGAGAACGUCGAAGAAGAAAGAAAAAAGAGAGAGAGAGAGAGAGACGGAUAGAGAACGUCCUCUUCACCGUGCGAUUCGGAUGUGCGAUCGUGAAAGAGGUGGAGCUGUCGAAGCAACAGGAGGGGGAGGACGGUGCCGAUGGAACGUUCGAAAAAGGACGAAGACGAGGAGGAGGCAUUCGUAACGUCUCGAGGAUGGUGAUCGGUCUCUCGAGGAUCCUCGUCCUCGUGCCCGUCACCGUCUGCGCUACCAUUUCCUUACCCUCGGAGGAUUACCCGAGAUGCAACGAUCGCAGAUCGCCACCUCAGACCCUAGCGGCAUGUCGUUACGACUUGGACUGCAUGGAAAACGCUUACUGCUGGAAUCAGGAGGCUUGCUACUGCAAAGACGGCUACGUCGUUUACAGAAAUCGCAGCGACUUCCACUGCUUGAAAGUGGCCAACAACAUCGAGGACCCGUGCGUGGCCAACGUACAGUGUCACUUGACCUUUACCCUCCACUCGGAGUGUCGUAACCACGUUUGUCAGUGCUCCUCCACGGCGCAUUUCGUAAACGGAAGGUGUUACGAAUCCAUCGGGCUGGGUAGAAUAUGCCAAACGAACAAUAAUUGUUACGUCAAGGACAGUUACUGCGUGGAGGGUUACUGCGUUUGCGAUCAUAGUCAACAUUCGAAUCCCGAGAGAACGAAAUGCAUAAAGAACGCUUAUUUAGGCGACAAGUGCGAACAGGAUUACGAGUGCGUGUCGAAGAGCACGAGAUGCAUGGAGGUCUGCAGGUGUAAAGUCGAUUACGUACUUUCGGAGGAUGGUACGAGAUGUUUGAAAGCAGCCAACUCCGUGGGCGAAGAUUGCCAAGAGAACCCGCAGUGUCAGGAAUUCUUGCAGAAUAGCGUCUGUCAGAAUAACGUUUGUACCUGUAUAGAGGAUUAUCAUCGUCGCGGACCUGUUUGCGUCAGGGACGUCGGUUUGGGUCAACGUUGCGUCUCCCAUAACGAGUGUGUGACACGGACGUACAAGCAUUCCAAUUCGAGCGAACUGAUGAACGUCGAUUGUUCGAACGAUCGCUGUACUUGUGCCAAGGAUUACAUAAUGUCGCAAGAAUUGGACGAUUGUAUUCGAUACAGUGAGAGCGGUGCCACCAGUUGGCGAGCUUGUGGAAUCUUCUCACUGACGAUACUCGCGAACGUGUCUCUUUGGAUGUUGCGAAGGAUUACGGAAUCGUGAAGUACCACGUGGUAGAGCCACUGCGAAGCACCUUCUAUCCAUCUCAUAGAUUUUUAUUAUGCUUCUAUUUAUUUCAAUCUUAUCCGGUGAAUCGUGUAAAUAAGAAAGGGACUCGCGAUAGGCAUACAUGUGACCAAAGACAACGGACGGACAACGGUAUACGUAUACAUAUCACGUCGACAAAGUUCAAGUAUUUAUUUUCAGGGUUCAAAUAUGUAAAAUUCUAUUAUUAUUAUUAGUCGUACCUGGGAGUAGGUAUCGAAUGUGAAAAUAAGAGCGAAGGGGAGAGAGAGAGGGAAAGGUCUCCUGUAUCAUUCCCAAGCGAUAUUUAUUCAUUAAGAGAUAGAAAUAAAAGAAAGUUAUUAUAA